UGAGGGGAAUGGAGCGGCCGGGCGGAAGCGUGGCCGGAAGCGCCCCUCCGCGCUCGGGGGAAGGAGGCUGCCGGCAGCCCGCGGAGUUUGGGGGCGCGCCGGGGACCGCCAUGGCCAAGCAGUACGACGCGGCCGAGUGCCCGUACUGCGACGAGGUCUCCAAGUACGAGAAGCUGGCCAAGAUCGGGCAGGGCACCUUCGGGGAGGUCUUCAAAGCCAAGCAUCGGCAGACGGGCAAGAAGGUGGCGCUGAAAAAAGUGCUGAUGGAGAAUGAAAAAGAGGGGUUUCCAAUCACAGCUUUACGGGAAAUUAAAAUCCUGCAGUUGCUGAAACACGAAAAUGUCGUCAACCUCAUUGAAAUUUGCCGGACGAAAGCCUCCCCCUACAAUCGUUGCAAAGGCAGCAUCUACCUGGUCUUUGACUUCUGCGAACACGACCUGGCUGGCCUUCUCAGCAAUGCCCACGUCAAGUUCACGCUCUCCGAGAUCAAGAAAGUGAUGCAGAUGCUAUUGAACGGCCUCUACUACAUCCACCGGAAUAAGAUCCUUCACCGAGACAUGAAAGCCGCUAACGUGCUCAUCACACGGGACGGCGUCUUGAAGUUGGCCGAUUUUGGCUUGGCCCGAGCUUUCAGCCUGGCCAAGAACAGCCAGCCCAACCGUUACACGAACCGGGUGGUGACUUUGUGGUACCGUCCACCAGAACUGCUGCUUGGAGAACGCGAUUAUGGGCCCCCCAUCGAUCUUUGGGGUGCCGGCUGCAUCAUGGCGGAGAUGUGGACAAGGAGCCCCAUCAUGCAAGGCAACACGGAACAGCACCAGCUCACCCUGAUCAGCCAGCUCUGCGGCUCCAUCACCCCUGAGGUCUGGCCCAACGUGGACAAAUACGAGCUCUACCAGAAGCUGGACCUCCCAAAAGGACAGAAGCGCAAAGUGAAGGAGCGGCUGAAGGCCUAUGUGAAAGAUCCCUAUGCCUUGGAUCUCAUCGACAAGCUGCUGGUGCUGGAUCCCGCCCAGCGGAUCGACAGCGACGACGCCUUGAACCACGACUUCUUCUGGUCGGACCCCAUGCCCUCCGACCUCAAGAACAUGCUGUCCACCCACAACCAGUCCAUGUUCGAGUACUUGGCUCCGCCCAGGAGGAGAGGCGGGCACAUGCCCCAGCAGCCGGCCAAUCAGGGAAGGAACCCCGCAGCAACCAAUCAGACUGAGUUCGACCGGGUCUUCUGAAUCCGAAUUGCGUCGAGAUGGAGAUUUUUUAACGCAUUGUGGUUUCAUAUAUUUUUUUAUGAUUUCCGCCCCCCCCCCUUUCUUUCUUUUUUUGGGGGGGGCGACAGAACAAUGGGAAUAGUCGGAUUCGGACGAUUUCCAGGUCUUUGAAAAUUGCAAUUUAUGGAAAACUCUGCAAGGACCUAAAUUGGACUUGGAGACGUGGCCGAGAGCAUGUGGCUUGCCAUUUGUUUUUUUUUUGUUUUUGUUUUUUUGCAAUGGUUUCCUGUAUCCCCGAAACGUUGGAGGGGCUGGGUUUUAUGCCCUCCUUUCCUGGCUUUGGAGGUCUUUGCUUGAGGGCAGACAGGCUAACACGAAUCGGCUGCUGUCAAUUUUAUAUUUUGCUGCAGAGAGACGAGACGCGGCAGAAUAAGGGCUGGGAAUUCGAUAAAAAUAGGUGCUACUCCCGUUCCUCGUCUUCCGGUCAAGGUCCCGCCCCGGGCCAAAGAAUUUAGCUGGACAUUGGUGACUAUCCAUUGGUCUUUGCUUCAGGCCUUUUUCUUGCAGCACAAAGAGUACACUCUUUCUUUCUUCCUUUUUUUUCUCCCUACCCCCCUCGCUUUAAUUUUGCAAUUUUUUCUCUCUCUUUUUUUUU